CGUCAAGAUACGUUCACCAGCCUAUGGAAAGCAGCGCAAGGUAUAUGACAGGCAAGGUAUUUGUCUUGGAGUCUUCGACGAUUAAUAACUAACUUCAGUAGAAUACGUUUGAAAUGGUUUCUGUAAAUAGAAUAAAGGUUGCGCAGCUGUGUAAAUAAAACGAGCGCGUCAAGACUAAGAGUAAAAAUGGCCCUGAAGUUUUCCUAAAUCGGAUUUAACCCGGAUCAGAAUUUCCCGCUUCGGAUUGUGACUGGAACGCGCUCGGAUUUACCACCAAAAGCUGUUUGUCUUUAGAUCAAACAGUACACAUUUGCUUUGAAAAACGUUUAAUUUUUUUUCUCCCAAGAGUGGAGAAUGCAUCCUGGCAAUUGUCGAAUGAAUGGAGGUGGUGUACUCGAUGGUAUCGGUGGUGGAGACGAAUCCGUAUUUGGGACGAUCACGCUAGAGGAUCUGGAAUCUUUUUCGGAAGACCAGCUGUCAGAUUCGGGCAAUGGAAGUCUGGAAGAGGAGAGUGAGACGAUGGAGGACGAAGGGCAGCAAGACCGAUUGCUGCGCUACUGGCAGGACGCUGCUCGAGGACACCAAGUCGAUGUGCCUCGAGACAUGGCCGAGCCCAUCCAGCAGAUCACCAGCAACAACAAUGGACAACACGACCGGGAGCGUGUGCCCUUCACCCUCAUCACUCAUAAGGAGAAGUGUGGGGACGUGCUUUAUGAGAAACGCCACUAUGAGAAGGCCCACUGGGCGUGCAUCACGGUUCACGAGGACACCUACGAGCAGAGUAUCUGUUACGGUUUCAUGAAGCUCAUGAGAUACAUCUGCCAGCAGAACUCCUCAGUUACCUAUCUGGGUAUGACCAUCCCUAUCCUGACGGUGAUCCGCACGGACGAGAACCACUCUGUCUUAUCCAGUGACGUCACUGUGGCCUACUACCUGCCCACAGAAUACCAAGCCCAGCCACCCCAGCCUUCUGACACUGAAAUAAGCAUUGAGGAAUGGCCUGCCACUACUGUAUACACAAGGGCCUUCGCUGGUGCUACGAACGAGGUGACCAUCAUCAACGAGAUCCGCACCAUGGCGGAAGUGCUCGACUCCCCCGCCAUAUGCGUGAAUGGCUCAUUCAUUGUCGCCGGCUACACAAACCCCGCAGCGGUACACCGACAGAAUGAGAUUUGGUUCCUGGAGCAGCCUUGAGGGCCAGCCUGACCUUGACCCGUCCUCCUGAACUUGACCCACCCAAUACUUCGUCCUUAUCUGACCCUACCGAUUCACCCCUAAUGGAAACCCCUUCCUAUUUUAGAAAGAGAAGAGACUUUGGGACUUUGCUGAAAAAGGUCCUUAUUACCAGUUCUGAGCAAGGCUGCAUCAUUUGGGUCCAUUAAUCCUCUAGAGUCUAAACCUGGAAGGGGGUGGGGUUCUACUAAGCUGACAUAUGGAAUUGUUUUAAGACGGUCAUACAAAGGAUCACUUAGAUAUUCGAUUUUAGGACCCAAAAAUAUAAAAUUAUUUGCUGAAACAUUGAAUUUGGCCUUACUGCUAUUAGCCCAUAAACACAUUGAAUUACAGAUUCAUACAGGGAAAAACAUAAUAAUAAUAAUAAUAAUAAAUGCCAUUUAGCGGACGCUUUUAUCCAAAGCGACUUACAGUCAUGUGUGCAUACAUUCUACGUAUGGGUGGUCCCGGGAAUCGAACCCACUACCCUGGCGUUACAAGCGCCAUGCUCUACCAACUGAGCUACAGAAGGACCACAUCUACUGGAAGUUUGUUUUGAAGUGUUUUAUAUCUGAGAGAUGAGAUCUGGAAACUAGAGGUCAACCGAUUAUGAUUUUUCAACGCCGAUCCCGAUUUUUGGAGAACAAAAAAAAUGAUUAAUCCGACGAUUUUUAAAUGUAUUUGUAAUAAUGACAAUUACAACAAUACUGAAUGAACACGUAUUUUAACUUAAUAUAAUACAUCAAAAUCAAUUUAGCCUCAAAUAAAU